AUGGGGAUCACGUGUAUGGUAAAUUCCACAGCCUACGCUCCCGAAGAACUCAAAAACUUCUACAAAAACGAGUCCAUCGACCACUCCCACGACGUGUGCAAACCCAUCGUUGACGAGAGUGUGGCCAAGGAGGACGGCUAUGUGGGAUAUUUGAUGUGGUCUCCCUCAAUGCAGUCAGCCUUAUUUGGUGCUAUUUUCUACGGUGGACUCGUAACGAUGGCUUUCUCCGGGUAUCUGGCCGAUCGGUACGGGCCGAAAAUGUUGCUUGUUGCUGCCGUAAUCGAUUGCGUCGUGUUUACGAUGAUUGGCCCGACGCUGGCAGAGCGUUCAUACCCGGCCUUUUUUGCUUCUAGAGCCAUGAUGGGUAUUGGAAUUGGAUGCGUCCAACCAUGCAUUAAUAGUAUGGCCUCAAAAUGGUUCCCAUCAUACGAAAAAUCUACUGCCGGAGCGUUGUACACUACGGGUAAUCAGCUAGCGUCCAGUUUCACGUCAUUUUUCGUCGCCGAACUCUGCGCCUCCUCCCUCGGAUGGCCCUCAUUUUUCUACUUUUUCGGUGGUGUCGGACUACUGUGGUCCGUUUUCUGGAUCAUCUUCGUCACAAACUCCCCGCAAGACAAUCGCUGGACCGGGGAGCAGGAGAAAGAGUUUCUGGAGCGCGAGGUGUUGUCCAGGAAGCAGAAGGAUAUGUUGGUCCGCCAAGGCCUCCCCAUCCGCCACCUCCUCUUCAACCGCACCAUGCAGGCCAUCUACUUUUGCCAGUUCGCCUUCAGCCUGUGCGCCGUCAUCAUGCAGUCAUUUUUGCCGACAUACUUCAAGGACCACCUAUUUUUACCGAUCCACUUGAACGGCCUCUACAACAUUGCCCCCUUCUUCACUCAAAUCGUCUCUAAAAAAUAUUGCUGCUAUCCUGGUUGCGGGUCUAUCGGGGUAUCUGUCAUACUCUUCCUCCUCGCCUGGUUACCGUCUUGUGAAAACCCGGCAGUGGCUCUAUAUCUUCUAUCGGCAUAUGGAAUGUUUUUUGCUGGUGCCAUCCCUGGAUUUUUUACUUCGUUAAUGACAGUAGCUCCUCAAUAUUCUGGGACCAUUUCUUCGAUAUCUACCGGUUACGCUACGGUGGCUAGCCUUGCUGGACCAAACAUUAUUGCGCUGAUCGAUUAUUUGGACCUCCCUAACAAAUGGCUGAUCGUCUUCGGUCUCUGCGCUACCAUUCAAUUUUGCGCCGGUUGUUUCUUCAUCUGCUUUGGUCAAGCGAAAAUCCAGCCCUGGGCCCAGCCGAAAGACUCGAUUGACCUGACGACAGCGGAGAAA